AUGGCGACGUCGAAAGCCCUCCGUGUGGUUGGUGUGGUGACCUCGGUCAUGAGGAACCACAGUGGCCCCCAGGUGGCGAAGCGUCGACUGAUGGCGGCAGUUGCGGAGUCGAUCAUACGCUAUGCCGCCCCUGUCUGGUCGGGAGCAACGAGGUUCCAGUGGUGCCGACGGAAGCUGGCCCAAGUGCAGAAGCCACUUGCACGGGGCGUUACCAGCUCCUUCAUUUCGGUGGCGUACAAGACCGGCGUCGUACUGGCAGGCCUCUUGCCGUACAGGCUGCUGAUACUAGAGGACGCAAGGUGCCACAGGAGGCUCCUAGCUGCCCCUGGCACCAGCAGAAAGGAGGUUCGGGCGUCGGAGCGCCUGGUCUCGAUGCAGGAGUGGCAGCGGUCGUGGGACCUGGCGGCUGAAGCACCGACGGCCAGUCGGUACGUGGAAUGGGCCCAUCGGAUGAUUCCUGACCUGCACCAGUGGGUGGGAAGGCGACAUGGAGAGGUGGAUUUCCACCUCUCACAGAUUCUCACGGGACACGGAUUCUUCCGUGAGUAUCUACAUGUCCGCGGUUUUGCCCCCACCCCAGAGUGUCCUCGGUGCCCAGGUUCGGUUGAGUCGGUGGCCCAUGUCCUCUUCCAGUGCGAAGUAUUCGCAGAAAUUCGCGAGGAGUUCCUUGGGUUCGGUUCAGAUGAUCCAGUCCAUGCGGAUAAUCUGGGCAUGAAGCUGUUGGAGAGCCUGGACCAAUGGAACUCUAUCCAAGAGGCGGCCAGAAGGAUCACCAAGGUCCUUCAGGAGAUCUGGCGCGAGGAUGAGGUGUUGCUGAACACCCGAGCACCUUCAUCGGAGAUCGUUGGCGAGGGUGAAGACGAGGCAGCGUCUCCUGCACAAUUAGGAGCGAAUCGCGUGCGGACGGCACGAAGACGUCAAUCACAACGCGCGGCUGCUCGAGCCGACAUCCGGUUGGCGGCAGCAGUUGCGGAGGCGGAGCGAGCGCGAGAGGACGAAGUGCUGCGGACGGCAGCUGAGGCUGAGGCAGCAGGAACGGCACCCCCUCCCAUUCCACGUCGGAAUCGAGGGCGUCCGCCGUCUCCAGGCACCAUUCGCCAGAGGUACGAUCGCCGAAUCUUCAUGCAGCGUGCUUGGCGGGAACGGAUGCGUUCCGGGACGAUUCCACCAGUCCCUCCAGGUCAGAGCCGAAGAAACCGAGCGCCGCCUUCAGAGGCUGACGUCAUCCGGCGUCGCCGUCGAAGACGCGAGAUGGAUCAGGCGCGUCGAGCAGCUGCUAGGGGGGCUAUCCUCUCGAAUCAAGGGCUACGCGAGCCCUUGUCAGAGGAGGACGUGGCGUCAAUCACCGAAGCGACCACCUCCGGUCGUUAG